AUGCUUCAGCUCAAGAGAUUACCAUGGUCAACAGCCGCCGUUGCUCUAAAGGCAGUCAUUGUUCUCUUUGGCAUCCUCCUUUGCUACCAAGCCUACACAUUCUACGGCGAAUGGGACUGGCCGAAAUCUUUUAGUCAUGGCACCACACAAGAUCCUGUUUCUCUUGUUCACCCCCAUGGCGGAAGCCAAUGUUUACCCUCACUGAACUCCUCCCUUUUACUAGAGGCAAAGACGAUACGGAAUGCAUGCCGACAUAUGCCUCUAUACUCAUCCUCAGACGUACGAAUCGGAAGAGUCACCGCACACUUUGGCUCGGUCCAGGAACACUACCAGAAAGCGCUGGCUACGCAUGUACUACAUAGCAUGAUCCAUGGUAACGAACUGGAAGUUAUGUGUACUCCAGUUGUUGAUUCGCUCUGGAACAAACCUGCCUUCAUCUUGUCUCUCCUCUUGAAAGAGAUGGUGAAGCCUACUCGAGAACGCUUGGAGUGGCUGUUCUGGGUGGACCGCGAUACCCUCAUCCUCGAUCAGUGUCGCCCUUUGUCGAGCUUUCUCCCACCUCACGACGAUAAGUCGGACGAAAACGAAGACAGAGAUGACUCAGAACCCGAGCGAAGAGACGAGACGAAGUACGACGAUAUACAUCUCUUGGUGACGAACGACUGGAACGGCCUUAACAAUGGCGUAUUCUUCGUCCGGGUUAACCAAUGGGCAAUUGAACUGUUCAGCGACAUCGCUGCCUUUCGAUACUACAGACCCAACGUCUCACUUCCAUUUACUGAGCAAAGUGCGAUGGAGAUCAUUAUGAACGAACCAAAGUUCAAACCCAAUGUUCGAGUUGUCCCUCAAGAGUGGUUCAACACUUAUCCUAAAGGGUCGCCCACAGACUUCGUUGAGAAGGCGGAUGAGGAUGGUUUGAAGGACUAUCAUGCAAGACGAGGGGACUUUCUACUACAUUUUGCAGGUCGUGGUGGAAGAGAUGCGCUGAUCAAUGAGUGGACAGAGAUGUUGGAGGGCACCAGAAGUAUAUGGCCUAAAGAAGAGGUUCAAAGGAAUGCGACGACGAGUAUUCGGGGAUUCUGGUCCGGGCUCUGA